AAAACGUUUUUUAAUGACAUAUUUGAUCUAGCUAUUUUAAAAUUUAUUUUGUUGCUAAGAUGGCGUGGAAUAAAUAUGUAACGGUUGAGGUUCCACUCUUUUUGUGUAUGUUUUCCAUAAUGAUACAAACGAAUGUGUCUACCAACUUUCUGAUAUAUAGGACAUGUUAUGUGCUAUUGGAUUAUGAUCAAAGCGAAUGUGCUCUAUUAGGAAAAGUAGAAAAUGAAACUACAGCAUCUUUAGAAAAAAAGGUCCAACCAACAUUUAAUUAUAUUAAUAUGGUUAGUAGUGUUAUGCAUUACUUAAUUCCAUUAGUUUUCUGCAUGUAUGUUGGAACCUGGUCGGAUAAAUUUGGAAGGAAGCCAUUUUUAUUGCUGUGCAUAAUAGGUCUAACCCUAACCAAUAUGACCGCAAUGAUAAUGGUUUUCUUUGAAAAUGCAUCUCCUUGGUUAUUUGUAAUACGUUUUAUUCCAUUGCUUACGACUGGUAGUUCUGUUACAUUGAUGAUAGUAACUUCUGCUUAUUUAACUGAUAUAUCUACUCCAGACACCAUAGUUAUAAGAAUGGCUGUAUACGAAAUAACUUUGGGUUUGGCAACGUUUCUAGGAAAUCUAAUUUCAUCGUAUUUAUUGUAUGCUACUAAUUAUAAAACUGUAUACAUUUUGGUGACGUUAUUAGCUGGAUUUGCCUUUGUCUAUACAUUUUUCUUCAUACCAGAGUCAAUUAAAGGCGAAAAAGAGCCUCCCAAAUUAAAAAAUUUAUUAAAAUACAUUAAUCUCAAAGAUAUUGGUAAAAAGACAUUUAAAAAACGACCGAACAACGGAAGGGGCUAUCUUCUAGCAAUACUUGGAAUAACAGUCUUUCAAACGUUUAGUAUGGGAGAAAUAUCUGUUCAAACUCUGUAUUUAAGAGCUAAAUUAAACUGGACACUUACGAAAAUUACAACUACUUCCAGUGUGACGAGUGUUGGCAACAUUCUUUGUAGUAUGGGCGGGACGUACGUUCUUUAUAAAGUAUUGAAAAUUAAAGAAUUUAAACUAGUACUAUUUUCAAUUUUAGCAUUGUCAGCUUCUAGUAUUUUGCGAGGUCUAGCUACAAAAGAUAAAGACUAUUUAAUUUACAUAGCAAGCGCCAUUGGUACUUUCAAUGGAAUUCCAGGAAUAAUGAUAAGAACAAUAAUUUCUUAUUUAGUACCUCGAGAAGAAAUUGGCAAAAUAUUUGCUCUACAGAAUAUAAUAUAUAACAUCAAUACCAUAUUGUCUGAUUUGUCUUUUCAGGCCCUUUAUAAUGCCACUUUAGAAACAAAUAGUGGUAUAUUUUAUUACGUUUCAGCUGCAAUAAACUGUCUUGCUGCUGUCGGAACAUUAUUACUGUUAAAUGUAAAAAUUCCUGUCUAUCCUGAAGCUGCAAAAGAAUCAGAAGAACCUGAAAAAGAAUUUAAGAAGAUAAGUAUCAACAGAAAUAAUUUCGAAGCAUUAAGUAUAGAUGAAAAACGAAACAGUAAUGAUAUAGCACUAAGCAUUAGUACUAUUACGGAAUAAUUUUGUAUAUUUUAUAAUAAAAAAAUGUAUAUGCC